CCUCAAUAUAAAGCGGUCUGAAUGUGACAGAGUGAUGCUCAGAAUGAGGAAAUUCAGCUUAAUAACAGUUUUACUUCUCUGCAGCCACAGCUGGAUCUGUGAGUCUCAGACUGUGGAGGUCCAGCAGGGUGAAGAUGUCACUCUGCUGUGCUCCAACAUUUCUACAUCUCCAACCCAGACGGACUGGUUCAGAGUGGUGAACAGAACCAAACCCAGCUGUAUCUCUGCCAUGUAUGGAGCUGAAGGUGAAGCUUCACUCUGUGAUGGAUUAAAAGAUGGAAAAUUUGAGAUGAGCACCAACAUGUCCACUGUCUUUCUGAGGAUUAAGCAAGUGGAUUUCUCUGAUUCUGGUCUGUAUUUCUGUGGAUUCUACAUAAAGAGACAUACAGUCAUUGUCGGUGCAGCAGAGUUAAUGGUUCAAGGUGAACAUGAAUCCAUUAAAGGUGAUGAUAAGAGCACAGAAAAAGCUGAUGGAUCUACAGACCUGAUGAAGGUGAUCCUGGGUGCUCUAACUGGUUUCCUCACUGUAACAGUCGUUGUUCUGGCCGUCAGAGUCUGGAGACUUCAGAAAGAUGCAAAUGAGGAGGCACAGCCAGAAAGAAGCGCGAACAUGGACUCAGCUGAUGUGAACUACGCAGCUCUAAGUUUCCAGGCCAAAGCCAGAGGAGGCAGCAGGCCUGCGUCAAAGACACAUCUGCAGCCACAUGUUGUGUAUGCUGCCACCAGAUAGACUCAGGAAGCAGCUGGAGCUGCAGCUCAGAGUGGACUUCAGGCUUCUUCACAUUCAUCUGCUGAUACAUUUCUGUUUGUGUGUCAAAGAGUCGCUGGUAGAAAUAAACUGAAUGUUUCUUCAUCCGUCUGUCCACCUGAUUUCU